GUAUCAUAUUAUUAUCAUAUUAUGAUACCACUAACAUAUCUCUCCUCAUUAAUUAUAGUGACACAUCAGAUUUUUACCAAGAUGGCAUGCAUGAUACCCCUUGCACCGAGCCAGCCAAUGCCUUGUAUUUGCAUGUUGCAUGGACAGUUUGUUCUUUUUUUUUUCCUUUUCCUAUACACCUAUAAGGAGAUUAGCAAGUGCAUCACUCUAAAAUUAGAGUGUACCAAGGCUCUGUAGUUUGGUCCAAGAAACAUUAUAUGGUUCAGGUGGGACUGGUUUGUUCUGUUCAGUUCCAAAGCUUGACACGAGAUGACAAAAGGAGGAUUUUAGAUCAUAUACUCGGAGCUGCAAGCCAAGAUCAUUUAGCCAUGAUUGGUUGCUAUUGCAUCUACACCUUACUGUUAAUGUGUAGGGCUAUUUUACUGUUUAUUUUAAGCUGAACUACAACAGAUAUUCAGUAAGAUCUAUGUUCCCCGUAAAAGAGCAUUUGUAUGUACUCCCUUCACAGUGUCCAUAAGACAUAGGACUCUGUAUUUGGUAGCAUUCAGUGAUACUAAUGCAACGCGUGUGUUUUCUAACGGCAGGUAUCGCCAAGAGGCUUCCCCGCCUUGCAUUUAUGAUCUUGCUGGCGGUGCUGUUUCGUCAGCUUCAGGCGCCGCCUCCCAAAAUCUGCGGAACGCCCGGCGGCCCUCCGGUGACCGGGACAAGGAUCAGGCUCAAGGACGGGAGACACUUGGCCUACCAUGAGUCCGGUGUCCCCAAGGAAGAGGCCAAGCAUAGGAUCAUCUUCGUCCAUGGAUUCGACUCCUGCAGAUACGAUGCGCUGCAAGUAUCACCCGAGCUUGCGCAAGAGCUCGGGGUCUACAUCUUGUCCUUCGAUCGGCCUGGGUACGGCGAGAGCGACCCGCACCCUGAGAGGACCGAGAAGAGCACCGCCCUGGACAUCGAAGAGCUAGCCGACGCCCUUGAGCUUGGCCCCAGGUUCUACCUCGUCGGAUUCUCCAUGGGCGGCGAGAUCAUGUGGAGCUGCCUCAAGCACAUCCCUCACAGGCUCUCCGGGGUGUCGAUCCUCGGCCCCGUGGGCAACUACUGGUGGUCAGGGUUCCCGUCGAACGUGUCGUGGGCGGCGUGGUACAAGCAGAUCCCGCAGGACCAGUGGGCCGUCCGCGUCGUGCACCACGCCCCCUGGCUCACCUACUGGUGGAACACCCAGAAGUUCUUCCCGGCAUCCAGCGUCAUCGCCUUCAAUCCCGCCAUCCUCUCCCGGGAAGACAUGGCCAUCGUCCCCAAGCUCGCCUACCGAAGCUACGCGGGCCAGGCGAGGCAACAGGGAGAGCACGAGAGCCUGCACCGGGACAUGAUCGUCGGGUUCGGCAAGUGGGCGUGGAGCCCGCUGGAGCUAGAAGACCCGUUCCCGGCCGGCGACGCGGAGGUGCACCUGUGGCACGGCGCCGAGGACCUCAUCGUGCCCGUCGGCCUCUCCCGCUACAUCGCCAAGACGCUGCCGUGGGUCCGCUACCACGAGCUGCCAACGGCCGGGCACCUCUUCCCCAUCGCCGACGGCAUGGGCGAUGUCAUCGUCAGGACGAUGGUGCUAGGAUAGGACACAACUGAACUGCUGAAGCCACUGUUGUUAGCUACACUGAUGUUGACGAUAAUAAUGAUCGAAUACCACUCUUCUGCUCAGCACCUUAUUUUUUUAGCAACAAAUGCCGGCAAGAUUUUUUUCUAGAUAUGGCCAUUUCUUGCUGAUUUUUGUACAAGAGAUCAGUUUUGUCAUUUUUCCCACUUACAUC